AGCUACUCCCAGUCAGCGUACCACUGCUUGCUUCCCUCUCGGUUUCUCCCAACCCAUGCACUCCAAUCUUUCGUCCCCGUCACUAGCCAGCACCACCACCGCGACGCUCUACUACCCAGUCACUGUCAUCGAUAAGAGUGAACUCGGCGGAUCUGCACUGUUCAAUGCCGUUACACAGAACAUCGAAGACCUAUGCAAAGUGGCGACGGAGACCACCUCCUGCCAGAUUCUGUAUGCCUCGGAUCCGCUGAGCCUCUCCGAUGCUCGUCAGCCGCUCGUCGCCGGCUCCCAUAGCGCAUACGAGUUUGUCUUUUCCAUCACUCUCUCGGGUCUACCACAGCAAGUCGCUGGAGCCAGAUCGCUCCUCCUCCGCAGCAACCCGAGCCAGGCAUGCAUCUACAUCACCAUCAACACCGCUCUCAUCACAGCCCCAAACAACGACAUCAAGCCCACCGUCAAGCGGUGGCUCGACGAGACCACUGUCGCCUUUGGCAUCUGCAUCGACCUCGUGCCGAUCCAGAAUCCGGCCUUCCCGGGUCCUUCCGACCGGCUGUACGUGGAGCUCUUUGGAAAGCGGGACCAAGUCGAGCUUGCACGGCUUCACUGUCUAGUUUAUUUCGACCGACUGCUCGGUCUCGACGUUGCCGAACUCGAUGUCGACCCAGUCCACCAACCCAUCCUUUCCGGCAAACAGCGCAUCAACCUCACCACGAUCAUGAGCGAGACCUUGACCAACAUCUACGUUCCCUCGCCGAUGCCAUCAAUAAUCUCUCUCGGCCACCCUGCGUUAUCGCAGUUUUCGCGUAUCAUCAUCACAGGCGAUCGACAGGGCGUCGAGCUAGCCAAGGCCAAGCUGGCCCAGCUCCGCGAUUCGAUGCUGCCGCGCAUCAAGACCCGGCAGAUCCCGGGACUGCAUCGCAAGAUCGACUGGAUGUGGAUGAAUCGUCGCGAAGGCGUCCUCAAGAUCAUCAAGGACAACGCCACCUUUGUCCGUUUCCCGCUGCUCGAGAGCAACGAGACCGACAUCUUUGUCUUUGGCGAGGACGACGUUUAUAUUGACAGGGCUGUUCGGGCCCUUAUGCUCCUUGCAUGCGAGCUUUACGUUGCCCUGAUCCAAAUCGGCCCCAUGGCUCCUCCAAAGAUCACGCCGUCCCCUCCGAAAACCAACUCGCCCUCUCCCUCGGCGCUGAUACCUGGUUUUCAUAUCCUGGGCUCCAUCAUUGGUGGGAUCUGCCGUCGAUCUCGCGCAGAAAUCAUCUUCCAGAAGAACUUUGUUCAGAUAUACGGCGAGGGAAGCUCAAUGAAAGAGGCCUUCAAGCGGGUGAUCGCCCUGGAUUUUAUGGAGGAUAUCGUUCGCGACAUCAAGUUUCAGCUUGAGCUUGCCCUCGAGCACCGCGAGUUCAUCAACGGCAAAAAGAACGGCAAGAUCAACAAAAUCAUUCGCAGCUCGGGGUGCCGCAUCUCUUUCCAGGAGAUGGGGCCGGUCAACAUGUUCAUCGACAUCUGCAACUCUCGGCCUGAACAGGCGCUUGAGGCCCUUGCCCUGGUUGAGGAUGAGCUGCCGGCCGAGAUCUCGUUUCACGUUAACGAGAGUCAUCACAAGCGUAUCAUCGGCGUUGGCGGCAAGAAUAUCCAGCGGAUUAUGAAGAAGCAUGGCGUCUAUGUCAAGUUCUCGAACGCAGAGGAGUACGCCCGGACAGGGGGCUACGCAGAAAAUAUCGACAACGUCAUCGCGAGGACACCGACAAAGAACAAGGCCAACUUGGAGCUGUUAAAGGCUAGCAUCAUGGAGCUUGUGGUUCCACGGGACCAGGCAGACGAAUGCAAGUCCGUUGCCGUUCCGCGCGAUUUCCACCGCAUGUUAUGUGGCCUGCGUGUCGCGCAUAUCCGUGAACUUGAGCAGAGCUACAAGGUGCAAACAGUCUUUCCAGAGCGCGAGUCAGGCCAGGAUGAUGUCCAGCUCAAGGGCCCUUCUUCCCAUAUCCAGCAAGCCGCGCAGGUGUUAUGGAAUUUGGUGCCGCAGAUGACAUCAGUUCAUAUCCCCAUGUCAAAAGCUGUGCGCGAGCACAUCAAAACGCCCGAGUUCAAGGAUACCGUCAUGCGGCUCCGUCAGGAGUUUUCGACCGAUCUCUCUGUCUACCUCCCCCCGGAUGAAGCCAUGGCCGAUGGUAUCUUCAACCUCUUCUACCCACGGACACAAAGCCCUGGAAAGAUCGAGGAGGCAAAAGCUUUGCUCAAGGACGCGGCCUUUCGAGCUUCAUUUUCUGCACAGCCGGGGGCGAGUCGGAUACCUACGGUUGCACCGAGCUUUGGGGGCUCGGGUUCGCCCGCAUCCAUGUCACCAUUUAAUCACUUCAACAGCAAGCUGAUCACUCCGAUCAUUGGAGGACAUACCAUCGGGGACUACGGGUCCCCGCCCGCGCUUGGCGAUUAUGCCCCAUUCGGCAACAGUGCUGCGUUCAUAAACUCGCGUCGGCCCCCGCUGAGAUUUGCACAUUCCACCCCGGACCUCAAAUCAAUUUUUGAUAUCAAUCAAGCCAGUGUGCACGAACGAACACCAUCCACAAGCGAGGUCCUGGCUGACCCACAGUCGUUCCUCUCCUCGACCUUGAUGGCCACGUCCAUUUCAUCCAUGUCGGGCCCGGACUGGGGUAGUCGGGGUACAGCAUCACUGCCGCGACACAAUCCCACGUCUGCGUUUGCUCACACGUCCGUGAUAGGCGUGCCUUUACCAAGAGUUUCGCUGAGUGACGCUGCCAAUGCGCCCAUAUUCACAUCCAAUUCAUCAAUCCCUGAGGGUGCGCUUGAUAGCCCACAACUCAAAGUGCCCACAAGCCUGAAUCGCGGCAAGGCCCUUUCUCGAAGUAUGCCAUUCACUUCGAUGGAGCAGGAGCGCGUAAUUCAUCGACCUCCUGGACUCCGAGAUCCGUCCGUCUUUAAUCCGAUAGACCUUGAGUCUUUAUACCAGCAGCAGCUCUCGGCAGAUGAGCUCCAUCGCCAGCUCGAGGGACUCGGACAGCCGAAUGAGCCUGAUUAUGCUGCCGUGGAGGGACUUCUCAAGGAUAUCGGGCUCGACCGGUACUAUGGUCUGCUGCGGGACGCGGACGUUGACAUACACAUGCUUAUGACUCUCAAGGACCCCGACCUCCGGGAUCUUGGCAUCUCGGAUUUGGCGGCACGAAGGAGACUCUUGAGUGCUAUUGGAGACUGCAAAGAACCGGAUGCCUUCAAAGGCGGGCGCAAAUCGCCUCCGUCACCAUCAUCUCCAUCACCGGACUCGUCGAGUCGGUUCCUGGGAUCAUCGUCCUUGGGCGUGCCUGGUUAUAGUAUACAGCCGACGCCUGGCUCGGAUCGCGGCAGUGGCGGCCAGGGCCAUGGUCGGGGCUCCGCCCAACAUCAACCCCAAAGCCAGCAACGACAGGCGCCUCAGCCAAUCCAGCAACGCACACAGUCACAUCCGCCAAUAUACCAAGGCUCUGAAGAGUUGGUGAAGUCGCUUUUGGGGCCUCUGCCUGGUCUGGUGUCGUCUCAGGACGUCAAGCCCAAAGCGCACGACUGCGCGACGACCGGGGCUCUGUUCCAGGAUUCAUUUACCCACCACCUCAAGUCCACAAUCGAUACCAGUUUUGAAAUGUCAGAGGGUCGGAACGCUGAAAUGGCCCGCUCGUAGCACCCCGCAUGACAAGUUUUUUUCAUUUCCCUUUCCUUCUUGUUUCUAUUUCCAAUUGACUUUCAGCACGAUUCCCUUUGACUCAUCCCCAACCCCUUUUCAGCAUCCAUUUCUCAAGAUAGCGACCAGACCCUUGCCACAACUGCCGCCUCCUUCAUCCUCUCGAGAAUCGUGGUGUGCCAUCCAAACCACGCCCCCCACCCAUACUCUUUACUAAUGGAUAUCAAGCCUCCCACACUUAUUGCAUCUUAAUUUUCAGCGCUCAGAAAAAAAAUAAAAUAAAUCAAUGCAGCCAAUCCAAUAAAAAG